AGAAAUCAAUGAAAAAUUCUAGAAGGCAACAUUUUUUUCGUAUAGAAACGAGAAAAGUUGAGUUAUUUUUUGCUUGCUUCCUCCCAAAAGUCACAAGUAGCCAAUAUGGCUGCACACUACGGCCCCCACCCUACGUCGUGUACUGUCAAACUUGCAGUCGCGUGCAAGAACACGACGGACGGACGAUUGAUACCGGUGCUAGCUAGUAUUAUUUACAAUCCAUUCUUAUUCACUUUGAACUAUCCACGAGUUUAAUUGGAUAACGCUGCGCGCUUGCUAGUUGCGAGUACCAUCAUUGAAAACAUCUGCCCCGUUCGAAUGCCAGGUGCGUUCGUAAUACCGUUCAAUGGCGAAUAUCGGUGACGUUUAGAAACCGCACUAUCGUAAUCUACACGUGAUAACGUGUUCAAGUUCCAUUUGUAGUUCGUAUACUUUGCAAUAUAUUUGAACCGUUAUGAGGGAACGUUCGCUGGAUAUUUAAUGAUAACCCCUAACAAGCGGCGUGAUUGUUUAUUAAUGGAUGGACCUGCUCAGGCCAAUUACGCGGAGGUGACAACAGAAAAAUCAAUUUGUGUUACUCGAUAUUCAUUGUAUGUAUUAUACAAAUUUUCGAAGGAAAUAUAAUAAAGAAAAUUUGAAUGAAUGGCAAUAUGUGUUGUUCAGUUACUACAAGCCUAAGCGCUGUAGUGCACUGAACUAUGAUUAUAUUAAUCAGUGUUAUUUGUGUCUUCGUAUAAUUAAUGUUUAAGGAUAUUGUUGAUAAUUUUAAAUCAUGGAUUAUGAUUAUAUCACCUUUCAGAGAGAAAGGGAUGUUCAUAAUAAAUGUUAUGGUGGAAGAUUAUGGUGUAUUAAAGACAUUUGUGGAAUUAUAUGUGCAGUUUUAACAUGGCUGUUAAUAAUAUAUGCAGAAUUUGUUGUGAUGGCAGUAAUCCUUAUUCCUACAAUAAAUACUUUAUAUUCUGGUCUAAAUACAGCAAUAUUUCAAUCGUUAACUUUCUUAGCUUUUGCAUCUCAUUUAAGAACAAUGUUCACAGAUCCAGGUGCUGUUCCAAAAGGUAAUGCAACUAAAGAAAUGAUAGAACAAAUGGGAUUUAGAGAUGGACAAGUCAUUUUUAAAUGUCCAAAGUGUUGCUCUAUUAAGCCUGAUAGAGCACAUCAUUGUUCUGUUUGCCAAAGAUGUAUUAGAAAAAUGGACCACCAUUGUCCAUGGGUGAAUAAUUGUGUAGGGGAAAAUAAUCAAAAGUAUUUUGUACUCUUUACAUUCUACAUAGCAGGAAUGUCGUUGCAAUCCUUAUUCUUAUGUAUACAACAAUUCACAACAUGUGUGAGACAAGAAUGGAAAGAAUGUUCUACAUUUAGUCCACCGGCAACAGUGGUGCUUUUACUUUUUUUGGCUUGCGAAGCACUUCUCUUUGCCAUUUUUACUGCUGUAAUGUUGGGAACACAAUUACAAGCUAUUUGGAAUGACGAAACUGGUAUUGAACAACUUAAGAAAGAAGAAGCUAGAUGGGUUCGUAAUAGUAAAUGGAAAUCUAUACAGGCUGUCUUUGGAAGGUUUUCAAUUGCGUGGUUCUCACCUUUUACUUCACCUCCAAAGUGCAAAACAAAGCUAGAUUCUUAUUUAUAUUCGGUGUAAUGUAUUCGGAUUUAUGGCCGCAACCUAGGAAUAUUUAAUAUAUGUAAAUAUGAACUAUAUAUAUAUAUUAUAUAUAGUUAUAUGUGUACCUAUGACGUAUCAUGAAGUCAUGUACAACUGAAUAGAAUGUUUGUAAUUUUAUACCACUAUCUAAAGAUUUCAAUUUAUUGCGACCAUAUUCGAAAAGUACUUAAAAAUGCGUGUAGCAUUUAAUAUAUAUAUACAUAUUUUAAUUAUGAAAGCAAAUAUUUGUAAACUACUGAGCAUACUACACAGUAUGCUUGUUGUAAAACUUCUUGUAUUUAGAUAUUGGUAUCGUUGUAUUGUGCUAGUGGGUUGACUAAAAUUUUUUAAAUGUUUUACCCGUGAUAUGUGGAACGCGUUUAUUGUAUCAACAUAACUGGCAUCGCAAGCAUUAUCAUAUAACUAUACGUGGCAAAGAAUACAUGACAUUAAUUUCGAAAUCGAGGCUUAGCACUCUUCGUAUAAUGUACAGUGCACAUUGUGAUAUGUAGCGCAUUACAUUUCGGUAAUAAUGUAGUUUAUUUAUUGUACUUCUGAUGAAACUCCGUAUUUCAGAGUCAACUACAGUUUUGCUUUAUCGCGAUUCAUCAUAUCAAAUUUUGACCAGACAAUAAUGUCGCGGAUCCAGUGAUUUACAACCGCUACAGGUUUCCAUGAGAUGUCUCAUGUCUCGAACAAAGCAUAAUAUAUAAUUUAAUUCCAUUUCCUUACUCAAUUCAAUUUUGUAUUUACAUGAAGAUACCUGAUUUUUUGUAUAAAUAAAUUGUUGUACAGUUUCUUAUAA